UGGGUGCCAAUGCAGCCGCCUGUGCCGGGGGCCGCGCGCUCUAUGGCACCGCUUUGGGCGUUUUUGGGACGGGCGUGAGCGCUGCCACGGCUCUGAAGAUGAACGUGAACCUGCGGGAGCUGUACCUGGCCGAUAACAAGCUGAACGGGCUGCAGGACUCGGCUCAGCUCGGCAACCUGCUGAAGUUCAACUGCUACAUACAGAUACUCGAUCUGAGGAACAACCACAUCCUGGACUCGGGCUUGGCGUACAUCUGCGAAGGGCUGAAGGAGCAGCGGAAAGGGCUGGUCACUCUGGUUUUGUGGAACAACCAGCUGACUCACACCGGCAUGGCCUAUCUGGGCAUGACGCUGCCUCAGACACAGAGCCUGGAGACCCUGAACCUGGGCCACAACCCCAUCGGGAACGAAGGCGUCCGCAACCUGAAGAAUGGGCUGAUCGGGAACCGCUCCGUCCUUCGCCUGGGCUUGGCAUCCACCAAACUGACCUGCGAAGGUGCUGUGGCGGUGGCGGAGUUCAUCGCGGAGAGCCCGCGGCUGCUUCGCCUGGAUCUGCGAGAGAACGAGAUCAAGACGGGCGGCCUCAUGGCAUUGUCGCUGGCUCUGAAGGUCAACCACUCGCUGUUGCGCCUCGACUUGGACAGGGAGCCCAAGAAGGAGUCGGUAAAAAGUUUCAUCGAAACCCAGAAGGCUCUCCUGGCCGAGAUCCAGAACGGCUGCAAGCGCAACUUCAUCCUGGCCAAAGAGAAGGAGGAGAAGGAGCAGAAGCUGCAGCAAUCGGCCUCAAUGCCAGAGAUCACUGUGAUGGAGCCUCUGGAAGAGGGUCCAGCAGAGGACGGCCAAGAAGGCAGCGCUGCCUCCACUCCGGAAGAGGGGGAAGAAGCCGGAGAGACCCCGACGGCCUCGGAGAACGGGGACAUGGAGCCAGCGGAGAACAAUGACGGAGGCAACGUGACAGACUCCGAUUCGGACACGGAUGAGGAGGCGGAUGCUGGGUUAGAGACGGGGGACUUGAGCGAACUGCCAAAACGCCCUGACUCUGCCGACAGCACUGCUGGAAAUGAGAGAAGGAUUUCGGUUUCCAGUCCCGGGCGAGGCCAUAAAAUCUUCGUGGUGACGCGAGUGGAGAGCCUGCCGGAGCGAGCCGCCGAUGCAGCGUGCCCACGGGAGGACACCGAUGCUGCUGCAAAACCCGCUGAGCCCCAGAGCCCAGCUCCGGCCACAAAACCCGAACUCCCGGUGAAAAUCUGCUGCUGGCUCGCCAACAGCACCGGCGGCACUGAGCGACGGCUCCAACCACGAGCGGGGCGAGCCCACGACCUGCGAGAGCGCGGCCCAUGA